UCUCGUCUCGUGGCAAUAAAGCUAUUCUGCCGCAUGAAAUAUUGUCGGCUUGUAAAAUAACAUAAGUAAUAAAAGUAAAGUUCGAAAGAACUUGAAAACCAUCCAAAAUGAAACCUCUUAUGUUACAUGGGCACGAGCGUGCCAUUACUAUGAUUAAAUUCAACAGAGAAGGAGAUUUAAUAUUUUCUGCUAGUAAAGACAAAAAACCAAAUGUCUGGUACUCUAUAAAUGGAGAAAGGCUAGGCACUUUCAAUGGACACAAUGGUUCAAUUUGGUGCAUUGAUGUCAACUGGGACACGACUCGUCUAUUGUCAGGCAGUGGUGAUAUGUCGCUCAGAUUAUGGGAUGUUCAGUUUGGCAAAGAAAUUAGCAAAUUAAGUACAAAAAGCUCAGUGAGAGCUUGUGGCUUCAGCUUUUCUGGAAAUUUAGCUGCUUAUGCCACUGACAAAGCUCUUGGUCAUAAUUGUGAAAUGUUUAUCAUUGAUAUAAGAACACCAGAACCUGUUCUUCAGAUAGAAGAUAACAUCUGCAGAACAAUGAUGGCUGAAUCUAGGAUAACAUCCCUACUUUGGGGUGCUUUGGAUGAAACAAUCAUCACAGGGCAUGAAAAUGGAACCAUAGCUAUUUGGGAUAGUAGGACUGGAAAAAAACUGAACUACGCUGAUGGACAUUCAGUACCUGGAAAUGAAAGACAAACCAAUUGUGCUAUAAAUGAUAUGCAAUUCAACAAAGAUGGCACAAUGUUUGUGACAGCUUCCAAAGAUCACACAGCAAAACUAUUUGAUAGUGAAGAUUUAACGGCAUUAAAAACAUACAAAACAGAACGUCCAGUCAAUUCAGCAACAAUUUCUCCUACUCAUGAUUACGUUGUUGUUGGUGGUGGUCAAGAUGCUAUGGAUGUAACAACAACAUCUGCAAAGCAAGGCAAAUUUGAUGCUCGUUUCUUCCACCUUGUUUUCGAAGAAGAAUUCGCAAGAUUAAAAGGUCAUUUCGGUCCAAUUAAUUCUCUAGCUUACCACCCGAAUGGGCGCACGCUCGCUACAGGCGGAGAAGACGGUUAUAUUCGUAUUAACAAUAUGGAUCAAUCAUACUUUGAUUAUCAAUUUGAAUAUUAGAUACUUGUUAAGGAAUAUUAUUUUAUAAUAACUAGGAAUUGUAAUUUUUGUAAAAAAUUUGAAUCAAAAAUGGAUUUAGAUUCUCGUAGAAGUAUAACUUCUAUUGUAAUAUUGAAUUCAAAUUAAUUAUAUAAUAAAAUACAAAAAAUUAAGAAA